AUGAAGGGGGAGGAAGAUCCAACUGUCUUGCAGCGGAUCGAGCGACUAUGGCAGAAGGCAACCAAGACCUUUGAGCUUGCAAAAGUGGCCAAGGAGCAGGAACAUGCUGCUGCCUUGGAGGAGCAACGGAGGUGCUUGUUGGAGCAGGCCUCCCAGGUGGAGUUGGAGAACCAGCAUCAGCUGUCAAAGCGUGAUGUGGAGAUCAAGAGCCUUCGGGAAGAGUUGGAGGCCUUACGCAAAGAGGAUGUGCAGAAGGAGGACGGCAAGGCUGUCCUCGUGCAGGAGGUGCAGGUCCUUCAGGAAGCCCUUAGCAACUCCAGAAAGGAGUCAGAGUUGAUGGCUACUCAAUUGGAGCAGCUCCAGGCGGCCCACAACCGGCUGGAUUAUCAAUGGAACGCUGAGAGAGAGGAGCUGCUGCGAACCCGUGAUGCAGCCCAAAGUCGGCUAACAAGCUUGCAGAGGAAAUUGGAGAAUAAAACGCCAUAA